AUGAAAGAAGCAUUAAGCUCAGUUCCAAAUGACGUAAGAAAGCGUGAACUGACCCGAAAGCUUAAAAAAGCUGAAGCCGGACCUUUAAAAGCUUACCGCAGCGCUUUGCUUGUUAACACAAAUGAAGUUCAUUUGAUUUUUAUUAAAGCAAAACGCCAUGGAUCGCGCUAUGCGUACACGUGGAUUGGCGUCUACUUUCUGGGGCUUUUUGUCGAAUGUACGAAAUUCAUUGGGAAUGGCGCAGAGGUGAUUUGGUACACACAGACAAGCAUGACGUUCAUGGGGAUGCGUACGCCGCUCUUUUUGCUCUGCGGCGUCUACCACACACUCUUUUACACGUCCUACGUGGUGGUGCGAAGGAUGCGCCUCAAAUGGUGGGGCGAAGCAACAACGAACGGGUUAUUUGUGCUGAUGCUGUCGUUCCCUCUGCAGGUGGUCGGUACCAAGCUGUUGUGGUGGCAGUGGCACGAUAACGACCCUCGUCUUCGUGACACGGUUUACUCAGUCCCUCUGGUAAUGCUGGCUGUGAAUGGCAUGUUGGCAACGUCAUUCAACCUCUGUCUGAAUUUCCUUCGCAAACGGUGGCUUCAAGAAGAAUACGAUUGGAAGAAGUUUGUGCCAGAACUGUGCUGUGCAAUAAGCGCCGCUUUGCUUGCCGUUUGCCUUACCGCAGUGCAGUACAUUGUUUUUUUCCACGUACCACACGAUCUUUGUCGACUUCACUCACUGGUCCCAUUUGUACUUCUUUUGUGCCUUUACGGUGGUGUGACGGUGAAUGCAGCGAUAAUCAAUCACCGAACCCAUCACCACCAUCAUCAUCACCAUCACCGAAAAGUCGAGAAAGGAGUUGCUAAGCAAUGUGAUGCAUGGGAUGAAUUGACCGCUGUGUUUAUGAUGUACUUCUUAUUGUACAUGUUGCUGGUUGUGUGGAGCAAUCCGAAGGAUAUCGUCGCCGAAGGGAUACAUCAAGCAAUCGGACCGUGCGGUCACACCGAGUCACUCUUUUCGCUGUUGGGACCUAAACUUUAUCGCGAAAAGUAUUUUUGUGCGGCGCAGCAGUAUCAGAAGCAGUUUGAUUUUCACUGUAUCCCGAGUGGAAAGGCACCUGAGAUGCAGGAUGGCUUUCCGCUGCAGUACUAUCCGAUCUGUGGCGUAGAUUUUCAGAAUCGAAUUCAUUAUAUCGUCUUAAUUUGGUGGGUGCUUUCUGAAGCUUUGCUGCAGAGUGGCGGAGCUCAAGAAUUUGGCAUCUGGAUUAUUGCACGCGAACCGGGAACGUACCGUCGUGUGAGAAUACACGGAAGUCUCGAGGAUAAAAAAGGCUCCCUUCCAGCAGAAAAGCACAUGACCCACGCAGGAAAUGGAUAUCAAUCUCCUCGUAAUGUAAAAGCCGCUGAUAACACCACACCACCUGAAGUUCGUCAUCGAGCAAGACAGCCAGCUGGCAGUGGAAAGGGCUCACGUUUGCCAACACCAACACGGCUUCCCGUUUAUACGACUAAGAAACACGCCUAA